AUGCGCUGCGGGGCAGCGGUCCGGGCCUGUGGCCAAAGCUGCAGGUCGCUCUUCUCUGGCUUUGAGGGUCGGGUAAAUGGGAGGCUGCUGCAGCGCUUGGCGGGCAGGAGCCGGUCCCUCGGAAGACUGCUGCGGGGGUUCGCGGAGCUCCCCCGGGGCAGCGAGCCGAGAGAAGCCCCCGAGGCCGGCGAGGGGAGCGAGGUGCUUCUCGAGAUCUGCCGGAGAAGGCAUUUCCUCUGCGGCAGUGAGCGCCAGCUCAGCCGAGAUUCUCUUUUGAGCGGCUGCCACCCCGGCUUUGGACCCUUGGGCGUCGAGUUGCGGAAGAACCUGGCCGCAGAGUGGUGGUCCUCGGUGGUGGUGUUCCGGGAGCAGGUGUUCCCGGUGGACGCCCUCCACCACCGGCCCGGCCCCGCGCGGCCGGCGGACAGUGCCUUCAGGUUAGUUUCCGCAGACGCUCUACGUCAAAUCGUGCAAGACAAAGAGCUGAGUAAGGAACAGCUUGUAGCGUUUCUUGAGAACGUAUUAAAAACUUCUGGGAAACCACGGGAGAGCCUUCUUCACGGUGCUCUGGAGCACUAUGUUAAUUGCCUGGAUUUGGUAAAUAGGAGGCUCCCGUAUGGCCUUGCUCAGAUUGGAGUGUGCUUUCAUCCUGUGUGCGGUAGUAAACCAGAUGGCAUUCAAAGAAUUGGCGAGAAGACUGAAGCCUCCUUGGUGUGGUUUACUUCAGCGAGAACAGCGAGCCAGUGGCUUGAUUUCUGGUUACGUCAUCGACUGCUGUGGUGGAGAAAGUUUGCAGUAAGGCCAUCUAACUUCAGCAGCAGUGAGUGUCAGGAUGAAGACGGACGAAAAGGAAACCAACUUUACUACAGUUUUCCGUGGGGAAAGGAGUCAAUAGAAACUCUGUGGAAUCUAGGAGAUCGUGACCUCUUACAGAUUUAUCCUGGAAAUGCGUCUGAAUUACACGGCCGAGAUGGACGGAAAAAUGUUGUUCCUUGUGUUCUCUCCAUAAAUGGAGAUCUAGACCGAGGCAUGCUGGCUUACCUCUAUGAUUCUUUUCAGCUAACAGAGAACUCCUUUACAAGAAAGAAACAUCUUCACAGAAAGGUGCUUAAACUUCACCCUUGUCUGGCCCCGGUUAAAGUUGCUGUGGAUGUGGGAAGAGGCCCAACAGUGGAACUACGACAGGUUUGUCAAGGAUUAUUUAAUGAAUUAUUAGAAAAUGGAAUUUCUGUAUGGCCUGGUUACUUGGAAACUGUGCCCUCUUCAUUGGAGCAACUUUAUGCAAAGUAUGAUGAAAUGAGUAUCCUUUUCACAGUUUUGGUGACGGACACCACUUUGGAGAACGGAUUGAUACAUUUGAGAAGUAGAGACACCACAAUGAAGGAGAUGAUGCAUAUAUCCAAAGUGAAAGACUUUCUAGCCAAGUACAUAUCAUCAGCUAAGAAUUUAUAA